GAACUUUGCUUCUCUCUCUCUGCUUCUUCACGCCGCCUACCAAAUACAAGCAGCACCGCCACUCUCUCUCACUCUCUUUGCAUUCCCAAUUCCCUCUGAAUUUCCCCCCACAUUUUCCUCUCUUUUUUUGUUUUUUUAUUUUAUGCUUUUUUUUCCUCUUCCGGAUGAUUGCAUUUCUUCUUCUUUUCAGUUUUGUGGUUUUUAAGCGUUUUCCUCUCUUUGCGUGUUCGAGAUUUUUCUCUUUUGCAUCACCUUGGCGACUGACGUUAUAAUGCCUCUGCAAUGGCGGUUCUCCAUCUCACCCCUUCAUCGCUUUCCUCUUCCUCUCGCAUUGUGACAUAACCGUAGGAUUUUCUCUGGACUGGGUUUUGUCCAAGUUUCGAAAUUUGAUCGGAAAGAUCGAGUUUUUCCUCCGCGAUCUGGUCAGAGGGCUUUUGAACUGAGGAUCUGGAGUUUUGAUUUCUCUGGUAGAAGGGCAAGAAGCCAUUCUUUGUUUAGUUUUAUUGUAUUUGAAAAUGGAGCAGGGAAGAAGUGAAGUAGAAUUUGAUGAAUUCGAGAAGCUUCUUGGAGAGAUACCGAAAAUGACUUCUGGGAACAACAGCAGCAGGGUUCCAUUAUGUGUGAACUCUUGCAAAGCACAGUUUUCGCGGAUACUUAACAAAGAGUCGGAUGAUGGAGGAAUGCAGAGAACCAGAAUUGAGCAAUCUCCUUUCAAGAAAGCUGAGCUAGAAGAAGCAAAUCUUCCCGAUGAACGCACCUUUACAUCUGCAUUCGCUGAGGCAGGUGUGGACUUUGGCGGGAACCUGAGGGAAACGACUGUAUCGAUGCCUGAAAAUUCUCGUCUGCUAUUUGUUCCUUCUUGCCACUCGCCAAACAGCUUGCCUUGUGUGUUUGACAAAUUUGAUGCAAGAAAACACGACCCGCAAGUAUUUAGGAGGCUGCAACAAGUCGGGUACUUUCAGAACUACCCUUCCAGUGUUUCGCCCGUUCAUACUGUCCAAGGUGUUCAGUUUUGUCGAACCAUGCAAAUCCCGGGCUUGGAGUUCAAUGUUUUGUCUGAUCAUCCGCAAUACAUGCCGCCCUCACAGCCUCUGCCUCACUAUCUACCACUGAAUCAAUCUCAUAUGGGUUGGAGAAAUAUCGAAGAGGGGCAGCUUCAAAGGCUAAAACUCCCAGAAGAGCCAUAUUUAAGGAUGAGCCCACAUUUCCUCUAUCUUUAUAACCAGAGCAUGGAUGCUCCUAGCAAGCUUAUGAGUCCAAGACAGGAAUAUUUUGGCAGUUUAGAUUCUCGCCAAGCUGACCUCACGAAUGGAGACUUGUUUUUGGAUAAAAAUGAAGGUGUGAAGGGUUUGGAUGCAAUGAGGAGAACGGGUUAUCCAGAUAAGAUGCUGACAAGAUCGCAAUUUGGAUUGAACUCAGAUAAAGCCAUGAAGUAUGGAAUAAGAGAUGAAUCACAUAACAACAUGAAGCAUGAUGAAAGACUUUGGUUGCACAAUCAAGUCGAUGACUCGCUUCCAUGGGAUUUCUUUAGCACGUUGAACCUCAAAAACGGCAAUCUAAGGAUGCAGCCUCAAAAGUACAACUCCCUUGCAGAAGCAAGAGGCAAAAUAUAUUGCAUGGCAAAGGACCAACAUGGUUGCCGCUUCCUACAGAGAAAGUUUUCAGAGAAAAACAUCGAAGAUAUAGAGAUGAUCUUUUGUGAGAUCAUCAACCAUAUUGCGGAGCUUAUGACAGACCCUUUUGGUAAUUACUUAGUUCAAAAGCUUCUUGAGGUUUGCAACGAGGAUCAACGAAUGCAGAUUGUUCAUUCGGUAACUAGAAAACCAGGAGAGCUUGUUAAAAUUUCUUGCGACAUGCAUGGGACUCGUGCUGUUCAGAAGAUCAUUGAAACGGUGAAGUUGGCAGAGCAGAUUGCAGUUGUCCUUUCAGCCCUGAAGCCUGGUAUAGUGACUCUGAUCAAGAAUGUGAAUGGUAACCAUGUUGCUCAACGAUGCUUGCAAUAUUUGUUGCCUCACUGUGGCAAGUUAAUUUUCGAAGCUGCAAUUACUCAUUGUGUUGAGCUUGCAACUGAUCGCCAUGGCUGCUGCGUACUUCAAAAAUGCCUUGGUCAUUCUGAGGGUGAACACAGACACCUUUUGGUCUCUGAAGUCGCUUCCAAUGCUCUACUCCUCUCCCAAGAUCCUUUCGGGAAUUAUGUCCUCCAAUUUGUCUUUGAGCUUCAGCUUCAGUGGGCAGUCCUAGAAAUUCUCGAGCAACUAGAGGGCAACUACACAGACUUGUCCAUGCAAAAAUGUAGCAGCAAUGUGGUUGAGAAGUGCCUGAAACAAGCCGAUGAUGAACACCGUGCUCACAUUAUCAGAGAAUUUAUAAAUGAUGGCCGGCUUGAUCAGGUCAUGCAGGACCCUUAUGGAAACUAUGUAAUCCAAGCAGCCUUGAAACAAUCUAGGGGAGCUCUCCACGCUAUUCUGGUGGAUGCCAUAAAACCGCAUAUCCCGUGUCUCCGGACCAAUCCGUACGGGAAGAAGGUUCUCUCCGCCCUUAGCUUGAAGAAAUAAUCAAAAGGUUGUGUCAACUUGCAGUUUGGUAAGUGUCUUGUAAAUCUAUGUAAUAAAAAAAGCUUUUGCCGGGUUUGGUUUGAAGAUUCAUGAGUGCUCUGCUUGUUGCAUAUGCGCAGAAAUGUGAGGGAAACUACAACACCUCCUCCAUAUUUUUUUUGUUGUGUUUUUCGAGUUUGGUGAGAAGCUUUGUUCUUCUUCUCCCUCCUCUUUCCGGGCAGGAUUCAAUUCUUUUUUGAAUGACACGCAGAUUUCUUGUUA